UUAGUUUCGUGGAACCAUAUGAUGUCUGUCCUUGUUUGACAACGUUACAUGGUGCCGUUCCACGAUUUAUGAUUUAUGAACUAUGACCCUUCUUUGUCUCGGUGCGUCCAUUGCUCCAAUCCAUUUUUUCUUUUUCCUUUUCCUUUUCUGACUGUAACACUCAUUUUCCUUCCCCUGUCUCACUACUCCUAUAAAUUUAUAUACUAUAUAAUAUAAUAUAUAUAUAUAUAUAUAUCUAUCCAUCUAUCUUAUGCAUUGUUAUUUAUCACAAAAUUUAAUAAUAUCACACCUUCCAACAACCCCUGCCACUGUAAUCUUGGGCUCCAGAGGAAGAAGAAGAUGAACGUGGAUCUGGAAUCAUUGGCAGAGGCAACUUCUGGGGCCAUAGGAUCACUGAUCAGCACCACUAUUCUCUACCCCCUUGACACCUGCAAGACCAAGUACCAGGCUGAGGCACGUUCCUCAGGUCGAACAAAAUACAGGAAUCUCACUGAUGUAUUAUUGGAGGCAAUAUCUAACCGUCAGGUGCUUUCACUUUACCAGGGCCUUGGAACAAAGAAUCUUCAAUCCUUCAUUUCACAAUUUGUCUACUUCUACGGAUACAGCUAUUUUAAAAGACUGUAUCUAGAAAAAAGUGGUUAUAAAUCCAUUGGAACAAAAGCAAACUUGGUUAUUGCUGCUGCUGCUGGGGCUUGCACAGCCAUUGCGACUCAGCCUCUGGAUACAGCCUCUUCAAGGAUGCAGACAAGUGAAUUUGGAAAGUCUAAAGGGCUACUGAAGACCCUUACAGAAGGAAACUGGAGUGAUGCAUUUGAUGGCCUCAGUAUUUCCUUGCUGCUGACAUCAAACCCUGCAAUUCAGUAUACGGUGUUUGAUCAGCUUAAACAACGAGCACUGAAGAAUAAACAAGACAAUGCUGAUAAAGGAACAUCUCCAGCGUCCCUUUCUGCAUUUAUGGCCUUUCUUUUAGGUGCAAUUUCAAAGAGCAUUGCUACCUGUCUAACAUAUCCAGCUAUCAGGUGCAAAGUUAUCAUUCAAGCUGCAGACUCAGCUGAAGAAACCUCCAAAACAAAGAUAAAAUCACAGAAAACAGUGCUUAGUGUUCUCUAUGGAAUAUGGAAAAGGGAGGGCAUACUGGGAUAUUUUAAAGGAUUGCAUGCUCAGAUCUUAAAAACUGUUUUGAGCUCAGCACUGCUCUUAAUGAUCAAGGAAAAGAUCUCUGCUUCUACCUGGGUGCUUAUCCUUGCACUUAAAAGGUACCUAUUACUUCCAAGGGGUAAGGUUAAGAACUUGUAAGUUAUAGUAGCAGUUACUGGAGGAAGAAGCUUCAAUUCCUUGCGGAUAACGAAUGUGGUUGGAGUGCCAAGUGUGCAUUUUAACCGAUACAUGCAUCUCUUCAAAGUUGAGACGAGAUUGUUUUGGGGGCUUCUCUUCGGUCCUCUUCCCGUGGCUUAUUGAUAUAUAGAACAAUUAGUCCAGGAAUUUAUGCAAAAGACUGAUAGAGCAAGGCAAAGUAGAGAGUCUUAACAAUAAAUGGUUUUUUUUUUAUAAAUAUUUCUUGUUUCUAAUAAAGGCUUGCAUCACUUAUUUAUUUUUUGUAGUUAGUUCUUUUAUAUAAAUAAGCAUCCUCUUUAAUGUAUGUAGUCACUUCAGUUUCAGAUUACUAAAUAUUUUUGUUGUUCUGAUUCUUUUGUCGUGAUAUUUUCUGAAUCCGUUUCAGACAAGGGGGUAACUGUUGGUGUGAUAGUUAGCUGGUUCUAGUAUUUCUAUCAAAUAUCACUGAUGAGUUUCUUUGUUUUUGUUGC